AUUAUUUGAUAGGACUCAUUGAGCGACAAGCAACGAAUUUAAGAACAUCGUUCAAAUGUAGGCAAUUUUGAUUUAAACGCUUGAAACGGCAAAUUGCUCGUAUGGAAGGCGAUAGGAAGAAAACUCCUUGGCCUAGUAGCGACGAGCAACAAGGCGAGAAUAUCAAUUCUUUGUCGACCAGUGCCAGUGGCGAAGCAACAUCCGACGGUUCAUCAUCUUCGACAGAUUCUUUAUCCUCGAAGUCUAUACCUGACAAUCUUGAUCACCACGCAGAGAUAAACAAAAAUGAUGUCUUUUGCCCUAAGUGUAACUUAAAGCUUAAUCGAGAAGAACAUAAAUUCUGUUUUGGGUGUGGGACAUCAAUAGAAGAAAUUAUUUCAACUCUUGGUAGUAAGCAAGAUGUUUUUUGCCCUAAGUGUAAUUCAAAGCUUAAACCAAAAGAACAUAAAUUCUGUUUUGGGUGUGGGACAUCAAUAGAAGAAAUUAUUUCAACUCUUGGUAGUAAGCAAGAUGCCAUUUCGUCUGACGACCAUGUUGCAGUGUGUGGUGAAUCAGAACAGACAUUAACCCGUGUGGCUGUAGUUUCAAGUGAUGUUAUUGAGGUAAAACAACCAAUUGUUUUGGCCAAAAUUGUUGUUGAAGAGGCAGUGCAACAAGGAUCCCAACAGCUUACAUCGCCAGAAACCAUGUGUACGGGUAAAAAUGAUGGUGCUCAAAGUGGAACUAUGCCAAUUGCAAGUGGUGUUGAGCAGGAUCUUUCAGACACCCAUAAUGUCCACGGUACUUCUGAGCAAAGUGUAGAUCUUGCUAUUGUGGUCGCUAGUGAAAUUCAGAAAAUUAAACAAUUCGAGGAAACACGCGAUGCAGAAAGACUGGCAGAAGAUGUGCAAAAGUCCUUGGGCGAUGACGCGGUUAUUCGUGGAAAUGAUACUCGUACAACAAAUCCUGAACGUGCGGCAUUGCCAGGAAUGCCCACUAAAAGCGUGCAACUGUCACCUGCUUCUCAGAAGAACUUUACUGCUAGCGAUCAUCAAAAUUUUGAUGCAGAAAGCAAAAGUGGUGAAAAAGAUUCCAAAACAGAUUCUAAGUAUACAGUUGUACAAGAGAUACAAACAGGUAGCAUAGCACAGUCGUCUGAAUCUGCAGCUAACAUGACUGUUGGCAAUGCAAAUGAUGUACGUGAUAAAACCGACCCUAAGCAGUUAAUUGCUCCAGUGAUGCAGAAAGAAGGCGAACACCAGUCUUCUACUCUUCAAAGGAAUUUAAUCGUUGACGAUCAAGAUAUUGAUGUAGAGGGUAAUAAAGGUGAUAAAACACACUCUGAGAAGAUAUUUGAGCCAGGGAUACAGGCCACUUUAGAAAAUGUGAAUGUUGAUGAUCAAAUUUCCUAUGUGAAAGCUUAUGUAGGUAGUGAAACAGACCCUCAACAGAUAGUGGAACAAGAGGUGCAGAGUGAUAGCAGACAACAGUCAGCCGCCUCUGCAGGAAAUUCGAUUGUUGUAGUAAGUGAUGUUAGGGGUGAUACAGAUCCUAAACAUGCAGUACCAGGGAUAGAGACAGAAAACGAAAAAAAAUCAUGUGCUACUCAAGAGAAUAUGACUGACACACAGUCGACUGAAAUGAAAGACAUUGAACAACGUAAAGAGAACCAUUCAAAGGGAAAUGGGAACGAACAUAAAUUUCAGGAAACUAAAAUUACGCAGACACACGAAAAACAAAAAGGUGAUAAGCCUUCUCCCGGGAAAAAAGGCCUAGAGUCAGGAAAAGACAAAAGUGUUCAGGAAAAAGAUGCUGAAAAGAGAAAAACUAUUUUAGAAAUAGUUAUGGAGGCAUCUGAAGAUCCUUUAUCAGAAAAGAAACCUCCAAAACCUGAAGUUGAGGAAGAUGGUCAAGACGAAUCCGGUCGCUUUUACAGAAAACGACCACUUUCCGAGGAUGAAACUAUAGGAAAGAAAAACAAGAACAAAAGAAAGACUACUACUUCAACUAACAUGGUCACGGAGAAAACUCUAACCGUUGUUUUCCACGCAGCAUUAUCUGAUAAAUUCAACUUUGAUAGCGACACGAAGAUUGUUAUCCGUGGAGACGAACCAGGUUUUGGCGGUUGGAAUAAACUUGGGGUACCUAUGAAUAAAGCAGGACAUAUUAACAAACAGUUGCUGUUACACGGCGAGUUCAAGUUUCCACUUCGACUCGCAGAUCGCAGAUAUGGAUACAAAUAUGUAUUGCUGGCUAAGAAGGGUAAACCCACCUACGAAGAGCUAGUCGAAUUCACAUGGUUUGGAAUUACCAACCGAUGCCUUGUUAUUGACAGAAAAUAUGCUGCAGAGAAUAAAACUUUGCAUAUCUAUGACGGGUUUAUCUAUCCUGCGGCAUCUACACUCAGCAAAUUUUUGCCAUCUGGAUGGCAGACAAGUGUAAUUAAUAACAGAAGGGCUUUCUUCAAAUUUUUUUUGGAAAAAUGGAAUAGUUUUAACGUAGACUCUUUCACUACUACCUGUGAGCUAUUGGAAUUACUGGAGAAACUUGAAUGUCUGUAUGAAGGAACUAUUGCUACUUGGACAUCUGACAUGCGUCGAGAUUCUCGUCGCCAUGAUGUCAGUUAUAGCAAACUUAAAAUUUGGGAGAUUUUUGAGGAAAUUUUGAUGCCAACUGUCCAAAAAAGCUUGAAAAUUUUGGAAAGUGACACGAACGAUGCGAAAACUAAAGUCGCUGCAGUGAUGUCGUCAGUGUUAAUAGUAUACGUGUUUACCAAGUAUCACAUUUCGCUGAAGACAGAAAGAAAUGAAGCUUUAUUGAAAUGUCUAAAACUACCAGCAGAAAGAGCUGUGUGCCUAGAAUUUGUAAAAAGGAUUGGUGUUUUUGACAAAGAUGUUUUGAGUUCCUUUACAAAGACAAUUCUCAAGUUUUACGAAGAACAAUAUUCUUUUGACAUGAAUUGGCUGUCUGCUUUGCCGUUGUUGCAUUUCCUUCGACAGCAAGCCAAGCCAUAUGAGAACAUAAUUUGCUCCAAACCUGACUUCAGCAACUGGAAGUGGUGGGGAUUAGAUCAGUUACCCUACAGAGAUUUUCGAAGCAACGUGACUGAAAGGAAAGCCAUCGAAAUGCUACCACAACUAAAGCAUUUAUUUGCUAUGGAUCAUUUGCUGAGGCGAACUUUUCUGAUUCUAUGUCCUGUUGAAAUCUAUCGAGAGCUUUUCAAGACCGGAUUUUUUUCUUGUUUGGAGUUGUGCGUCACAUUGAGGAAAAUACUACCAGAUACGAAAAACAACCGCUCAUACACACAAAAGUUUGUAGAUUAUCUGGAAUUGUUAUUCAAAGAGAUAAACCAGGUUUUAUUAGAACAAAGUCCCCAAAUGUACCCGAAGGAAAGACUACCAGAGACUUCGGUUUUAGUUAAUAACUUGGUCUUACUUAUCCAGUAUUUUAUUCCGAAUCUCUAUCUUCGUGACGUAAUUGUCCUCUGUCGCUUGGUUGAAUGCUCAAUUACUGCUAUUGCACUUCAAAAAAAUGGAAUUGAUUUUGAAGACGAAUCUGCAGCUGGAAAUAGCCAAAAGAACAAUUCCACUUCUUUUGAACUGAAAGAGAUUCCAAAAGAACUGUCAUCUUCCUUAAAUAAGCAGCGUGGUUUUGUUAAAGAAUUUAUACUAAGAAAAUUUUUUCGUAAUGCCGAAUACAUUUCGCCCACUGAAUGGAGCGAUGAAUUGCAGGCAUGGAACCAGCUGCUAUCAUUAGCUGCCCCAGAAGUUUUCUAUAAACAGUGGAAAGACGAAUUUCUCAACAAAUUCCAGGAAAGAAUAAACAAGGUUUCCGAACUUCGUCAGAUUGAGCUAUAUUGUCAGGCCGGUGACAAGAAUUGUAAUCCAGAGAUCGUAAACUCUUUGAGCAAAACCGCUUUCGAAGCUGUAGAAAAAAUAGUGGAAAAUGGUAAAGGAGAACAGAACGCUUUUACUUUAUUAAGUAAGAACAGAGACUCAGCUAAUGGUAUAAAACUGCUAAGGUCAAUGCUGGAAAAAUCUUGGCCGCGUGAACUAAAGGAUAAUAGUCAAUUAAAUGAAAAAGAGAGGGGUGAAGUUUUGCUGAAGCAUCUUCUCACAUGGUCAAUAUGGCCUGGAUUUCUCAAAUUUUUUGGAAAUUGCACCUGGGGUAAAACAGAAGUGACAGAGGGUGACUGCGGAAUUAUUAUGGUGAGUGCUGUGUCGUGCAUCGAAAAUCUUGUAAACUCGGUCAACGAUGGGACAGUUACAGCUGCAACAUUGAAGGUUUUACAAGAACAUUCCAAACAAUUUUUGGAACUGUGUGAGGUGCAUCAGACAAAUCAGAGUGGCUCUCAACACGUUCCAAUGAGGACCACCUUUGAGACACGACUUUCCGAACUGAGGGAAUUUCAUAAUUUAAAUGGCCAGCUGAAAUGUUUUCUUGAUCUCUGCAGCUUCAAACGAGUCGAUGAAGUGCUUUGUGUCUUGAGCGAAAAAAUUGUGCAAGACUUUAGUGUGUUAUCAAUACGGGAUAUAUGCCUUCAAAGAUCUGGUAGAUUUGACGUAAUAUUCUUUAACCUCGAUGACAAGUAUCUUGAUAUGGUGUCCAGAAUUACAGAGAUAGAAAGCAGUCGAAUUUUCGUAAAAUUAUGGCGGAAAUACAGCGAGGAAUUACAAAAGGAGGAAGUCACAAUGGAAAAUAUUUUGCAAAUUUGGAUGAAAGUAUGUAAACAACUCAAAGAAAUAAGUGAACAGUUUCUAAACGGCGAAAUGCUACUCAGGGACAUUGAUAAAUACUUAGAUUUGUUUAAGACGAAUUACACUGAUUUAGAAGGAGAAUUCAAACUGCUUUCCUCGUUUUUGAGUCAUUCAAAGAAACAUUUGGAUGAGACAGAGAGAUACCUCGCUGCCAGAAUUAAGCAAGUAAAGAGAUAUAAGAAGAUUUCUGAUGCUCGUCAAGCUGGGAAGGCAAUUCUCCAUCUAAAAGAAACGCUGGGUCUCACAGGCGAUUUCUCAGUGGUUGAAAAGAUAGAAGAGAUUAUUAGUGGGAAUCUAAAAGAUGUAGCCAUCAAAGACGUGGAUGACAAUCUAUUUAAAGCUGGAGAACUGUUAGAUGAAAUAGACGAGAUAAGAAGAGAAUGUUUAAGGACUUUUACGGACUGUUUUGAUUUAGUUACUUGGCUAAGAAAGAGUAUAAAUGAUGAACAAGAGCUCAAAGUAUUUGUUGAUUUGGCGAUGAUUUCAGCCGGGGAAGAUGACAUGGAAAUUGACCGGAUUUCGUGUAUGCAUACAAGUUGUCUUGGAUUUGGAUCGUUAAUUUUCGGUUACAAAACAAAACAUGGGUUUGAUGAACUAAUGCAACUUUGUAAACCUGUGUGGCACGCUGUUGACGCUAAUCCAGGCAUUGGACAAAAAUUGGUAUCAACUAAGAAAAGCCUGUCAUGGUUGAAGCAAAUAAAAGAGUCUCAUGGUUCAGUUGCUCUUACAACUAUGGUUCAAGUUGAAGCUAUCAAUUCCUGUGGUACCUAUUACAUUGCAGACACCGAGAUGGCUAAAGAGGUUAAGCACGCGAACGCUGGAGUUGGAUUAAACCUUGAAAAUUUGGUGUGUCUCAAUGUUCCUGAAGAUCCUCAAAAAAAUCGAGAAAGAAAAGUUUAUAGUCUGGAAGAAAUAAAGGACGUACAGAGUAAACUUAUGUUGAUUGCCGGUAAAGCAGAAAGUGGAAAGGAGGAAGUUGACAAAUUUAAUGAGAUUUUCGAUGGAAUACUCAGAAUAAGCCAUUUGUACUUGCAACUUUGUGAAGUUGGUCAGAUCAGCUACUUAACAUGGAAAGAUAAAUACCAAUGCAGUAAAGCGGAUGACGAGAGGAACAGUCUUUUAGAGAACAUUAAAGGAACCUGUGAAACAAUGGAACGUGAUUUAAAGAAAUGGAAGGAAUAUUUUCAUGAUGCCAGAAACAGCUGUUAUUCUUUGAAUCAUUUUACCAUGAAACAGAUUUUACACCUAAGGCUAGAGUUAGCAAAAGCUUGUGUUGGCCAUGUGGCGAUCGAUGAACUGCGAUUGCAGACUUUUAUGCUCCUUGAGUCUGUUUACAAGAAUAUAGAGCCUUUGCUUCUUGCAAAUGUCUUAAAAACAAAGGUUCCUGAAAACGCGGUGUUCUUUACAGAAGAAAGUUCUAAAGACGGAGAAAAAUAUUUUGAGAAUGAUAUGGAAUGUGAAAGCAUUUCGUCCGAAAAUAUCGAAGAAGAUGUGACUUUUCCAAGCCAACAGAGACGAAAGAUGUCGCUUGAAACUUUUACAAGUGCAAAAGAGAAACUCGAGGGAAUGGGUUUUGAUGAAGAAGAUAUUGUUGCUGCUUUGCAAAUUUGCGGUCGUGAUGCAACUGAAGAAGAUCUUAUAGCACAUGUUAUUUCUGGAGAAGAUGAUAAAGAAACUGUUAUGAAGCUUUGUGAAGAUGCGAAGCGAAAUCCACAACUGUCAGAUCUAAUUUCAGAUCUAUUAAAUUCAGAGUGCCAGUCUGGAGAUGCUGAAGAAAGCAAAAGGGAAAUUAAAGAGGAAAAAAUUGACCGAAGACCUGUCACACUAUACGUAAAAAACAAGGAAGAUACUUACCUCAGUUUGGAAAUUUUAACUGACAUUUUAGACGAACUUUCGGAAUCAGCCAUAGGUGCUGAAUCCCAACGUAUGCGGAGAAAGAUGCCGUCAGGCCUAAUGGAGGGUGAACCGAACUUACUACUUGUUCCAAAAGGGGAAGUGUUCGGCUGUCUCCUGUCGCUCUUCAUGGGAAGUGAAGCCCGUCAACCCUUACCAACUGAUGAAGAAGUGAUUGUCUGCGAUGAAAAUACAACAGCGGAAGAGAUUGAGUUACUCUGGCGACGUGCAGUCGUUGACGACAAAGGACAGUUGUUUUGUCUUGCUAAUGCGGAUCUUUUGGAUUAUGAUGUCAGCCAACAGGUUGUUCGUUCUUUGGAAUUGUUAACACAAGGACACUCCAAAUACCACUUGGUCGUGAUUUGCAGCAUUGAGAACGAGGACAGAUCGAAUAUGGUUGCAUCCUUGGAUCAGAAUCGUCGCCAUUUUCCCCCAAUCCCAUCUAUGAAAGGUAUUCAAAAUUAUUUGAAAGAGCAGCUUAUGGUUUCAGGCACAGAAACAGUCGGCAAUGUUCAUUUGGCACCAGCAGCCACGGUUGACAUGGAAAAGUUAUCUGUUCGUGUGAUUCAGUCGUCUAGAGCUGGCAUGGGAAAGAGCUUGUUUAUCGAACAUCUAGCAGAACAGUUGGAAAACCUUCUAAAUAACAAAAGGCUUCGUGAAGGCCUAGUGCCGUCGCUAUGUGCUACAAUUCCUGUGCAUGGAAUCUCUGUGGACAGUGAUUGUGUCACCCGCGAACUUCUCUCUCAUGCCGUGAAAAGGGAUAUUCCUGUUUCAAGGAUUUUUCAUUUGGACGUGUCUCAAUCGGUUGUGAAAGGAAUUGACAAUAUCCUGUUUCAACUUCUCAUCUUGAGAGUUGUAAAAGAUAAGAGUGGGAAUGUUUGGAGAAGAAAGUCGACUGAUAUGUAUGUAGUUGAACUUACAACUGACAAAUCAUUUGAAGCUUUAACAGCUGACGCGUCCUUAUCAAAUUCAAACUACAGCCAGACUAUGAGAAAACGAUUGGCAACAGAGAAGUACUCAUUUGUGAAAUACCUGCCUCGAACACAUUGCUCGACACCCAGGGAAACGUUGGACAACAUAAGACUCAACAAAGGGGGUAAUACUGGAUUUGACAUGGAAAAAUUCCGUAGUGAAGAAUAUCAACGCACAUUUCAGUACCUUACACAGUUCGCAGCGGGGCAAAAUUUAGACAAAUUCUUGUUCAUAUAUGAUCCUCGUGUUACCAUUGGCGAUCCCGUUGAUGCCUUAACGAUCAUGAUUAAAUAUUGUGGCAUUCGUGAUCCAUCUUGGGCAGAACUAUAUCAUUUUGUAAACUUCUUGAACGUCCAGCUUCGCGACUGUGAGGAAAGCGUUUUCUGUAACGCUCAGUUAGUGGGUGAUCUCUUACAAGGUUUUAAGACUUUUGUGGUUCGUUUCAUGAUUGAAAUGUCUCGAGACUUUGCCACACGAUCACUAAGUGACAGUAACUUGGGCGUUGAUGAUGCACAAACAGCAGAUGAAGAUGAUGAUUUAGCUCCAUUUGAAAUACGGAAGCGUUGGGAAUCGAGUCCUCAUCCUUAUAUAUUUUUCAACCAUGACCGCGUCAGCAUGACCUUCCUUGGAUUUCGUCUGAGCGAUAAUGGUGAUUUGCUUGAUCCCGCUACCAAUAAAGUUUUAGAGCAAAAGAUGAUGGAGCCAACUUUAAGAGGACAACUUAAGCAUCAAGGAGUUAAUUUUGACACCAACUACGAGAAACGUGACAAAAUGGCGCGUAUCGAGAAAUUGUGCAGCGUCAUGGGAAUCGAAUUUUUAUAUGACCCUGAUCCUACAUACGAAUUGACAACCGACAAUGUCAAAAAAAUCCUGGCAAUUCAUAUGCGAUUCAGGUGUGGCAUACCAGUAAUUAUCAUGGGAGAGACUGGAUGUGGCAAAACUCGGCUUAUUAGAUUUAUGUGUGAACUUCAAGCUGGGCCCGAAGGACCGAAAAAUUUGUUACUCAUGAAGGUACAUGGUGGAACUAGUUACUCAGAAAUUGAAAUGAAAGUGGUAGAAGCAGAGAAAAGAGCUUUCUUCAAUCAGAAGAUCAAUGUUGAUACUGUCCUGUUCUUUGAUGAAGCCAAUACAACAGAUGCAAUUGACCUCAUCAAAGAAAUAAUGGUCGAUCGAAGGGUGAAUGGACGUGCUAUAAAUCCUGAACUGACGAAACUGCAUUUCAUCGCUGCUUGUAACCCAUAUCGAAAGCACACGAAGGAAAUGAUCCAGAAACUAGAAUCUGCAGGGUUGGGGUAUCAUGUAUCAGCUGAUGAAACUGAUGAUAAAUUAGGUUCAAUUCCACUCCGUCAACUUGUGUAUCGAGUCCACCCCUUGCCAGAGAGCAUGAGACCGCUAGUUUGGGACUUUGGCCGACUUACAGAUCACACAGAAGAACUUUAUGCUGCGCAGAUCGUGCGGAGGUCUAUGGUUGCGACAACGCAGGAUGUUAAAUUUGAUGGAACCGAAGCCCAAGCAUCUUGUAUUGCUAAAGUGCUGUCAGCUUCACAGAAAUAUAUGCGUGAACAAAAGAACGAGUGCAGCUUUGUCAGUUUGCGUGAUGUUGAAAGAGCGAUGAAGGUUAUCACCUGGUUUUAUUCUAACUCUGAAUUGAUCAUCAAAAUUAUUGGCGAUGUAGAUGAAAAUGGUGAUAAAGAUAGUAGUUCUGAAGAGUCUAGUGAAGAAGAAGAUUUUGAGUCUGAUGAAGAAUUUGAGACAGGCGAACAACCCUUAAGUCAAAUUGUCCGUGCACUAAUCCUGGGGAUUGGUGUUUGUUACUAUGCCCGAUUAAAUACAAGAGAAGCGUAUUGUCAAGAAAUCUCGAGACAUUUUGACAAUUCCUGUCCUCUUCCGGGAGGUGGACGUAGGAUGCAAAGGGAAAUCGAGAGGUGUCAACGUGGAUUUUUGAAUGACAUACAACUGGGUCAGAAUAUCGCCAAAAACAUCGCUCUAAGUGAGAACGUCUUUAUGAUGGCAAUUUGUACCGAGUUACGCAUCCCGUUGUUUGUUGUCGGCAAACCUGGCAGUUCAAAAUCUUUAGCGAAAGACGUUAUAUCCACCAACAUGAAAGCUGGAAACUCGCAAAGCGAAUUGUUCAAAAACUUAAAACAGAUCCACAUUCAAUCGUACCAAUGCAGUCCAUUAUCCACGCCCGAAGGCAUCGUCUCUACCUUCAAACAAUGUGCUAAACUACAAAAAGACAAAGACUUAAAAAAAUUCGUGUCUGUGGUAGUAUUAGACGAAAUUGGAUUGGCCGAGGACUCUCCUCUGAUGCCUUUGAAAACGCUCCACCCUUUAUUAGAAGAUGGCACAGCAACAACUGAAGAAUCAGGGACAACAUCUGAUUAUCACCGCGUUGGUUUUAUCGGUUUAUCCAAUUGGGCAUUGGACCCCGCCAAAAUGAACCGUGGAAUUAUGUUGAGUAGGGGAGUACCAAAUGAAAAGGAGCUGCAAGACAGCGCCAGUGGAAUUUGUUCAUCUGACCAAGAAAUAAAACUACGUCUUGAGACAACUAUCUCAAGGUUAUGCAGAGGGUAUUUUGAACUUUACGAGAAACAAAGCAAGUCAAAAACACUAAAAGAAGCUCAAAAAGAUGAAUUCUUUGGACUUCGGGACUUUUACAGUUUAGUAAAGAUGGUGUUUGGUUUUGCUGUACAAAAAGAAGAGCAGGGUGAUCAAAUCAGCGUUAUAGAACUGGAAAAAUCCAUACGGAGGAAUUUCAGUGGCUUAGAUGACAUUGAUCCAGUAAAAACAUUUUGUAAACAUUUUCCAAGACUUAAAGAGAGUGUUAAGUAUCCUUCUCCUGAAUGCUUCCCGGUGAAUCUCAUCCAAGAAAGCCUUGUGAGAACCGAAAAGGAAGGGGAAAGUCGCUAUUUACUUGUUCUAACUGAGAACUACGCAGCGCUAAGAUUAUUACAGGGGCAAUUUUACCAGCACGAUCCAGUUAUUAUUUUUGGAAGCAGUUUCCCAAAAGAUCAACAAUACACACAGAUUUGUCGAAACAUCAAUCGAAUUAAAGUAUGCAUGGAAACUGGAAGAAUGGUGAUUUUACUCAACUUAGAAAGCCUUUAUGAAAGUUUAUAUGAUGCAUUAAAUCAGUAUUACGUGUAUCUUGCCAAUCAAAAGUAUGUUGACCUUGGCCUGGGAAACCACAGAGUGAAGUGUAGAGUGGCGAAUGAAUUUAAGUUGAUAGUGGUUGCUGAAAAGGAUGUUGUUUAUCGUCGAUUUCCAAUUCCUCUUAUCAAUCGACUGGAAAAGCAUUUACUUGUAAUGUCAACUGGCCUAACAAAACACCAAGCUGUUUUGGUCGAAAAACUGCAAAAGUGGGUCAAAAUUUUCUCAGAAGCAUCUCCCGAAUUUUCAUGUAAUAAAAGCCUAUUCACGCCUGGUGAUUGCUUUGUUGGUUACCAUAGCGACACUGCCGCUGCAGUGAUCAUCAAAAUUUCGAACAUUAAAAAGGAUUGGCCUGAUGAUCAGAUUCUUCUGCAUUCAAAACUCGCGCUGUUGCAGUGUGCAUCGCCUGAUGCUAUCGCUAGACUACCAGCGACAAAAAUGAAACGUGAUGCGGAGGAGCUUUGGAAUGUAUAUUUCAAAACUCAAAGACAUGGAAGUUUGAAAGACUAUUUGGUUGAUUGCCUAGAUAAAGUUACUCCUGAAAAACAUGGAUCUCUUAUACAAAUAACCACACACUCAAGAUUGUUAUCGCCAGGAAAUUCACGUUCCAUAGCAUCAGAUGCUGGAUUCAAAGGUCCAAAUGCUCGUUGUAUUAGCCUUCAAGAAUUUAACACAGAACAACAAUUCACCAAAACAAUAGAAGAAUUUUUUGUUUCACUUGGUGGUGCUGAAGGUCUCCUUCUUGUCCAAUGUGAUAAUGGCGAAGCGAAUUUCAACUUAAUCGCCUGCUGUCGACAUCUUGUUGAUGAUACCCGACGUCGUAAAAUUGAAAGUUUUGAUGGGCCUGUUAAGCCUGUCCACGUCGUAUUUAUUAUUCAGUUACCAAAGAUUGCUGGUGGUUGUCAACACUUUGUAGGGUUUCAAGGUGGAAAGUGGCUGUCGAUCCAUAUUGACGAACUUCUUGAAUCGAGCGAACAGCUUCCACAAAUUGAACAGCUUAUGAACCGCUCUGUGAGUGAUUUAUUCAAGCCAGUAAACCUUGUAAGCAGUGACGACAUUGAGAGCAUGGAUGUUGAUGAACAUUAUGAUGCGGACGUGCGUAUGGAGGACAUUGAAUUAGAGGAAUCAAAUGAAAAACAAACUGCUCUGAGCGAAAUAAAGGCAGCAUUGCUACUGAAAAAUUGUCUGCAGGCUGCCGCAGCAAGAAUCUACGAUGAGUCAGCGGAGAUUGACAGAGCCACGAAACGCAUAGAAAUAUUGCUUGAGUUUUUACCAGAGGAUGAUACACAAGAAACAGAGCUUUCCCAAAUCCUAGCAUCUCGUGUUUAUGGAUUACUCGUGGAACGGGACGAGAAAUGUUUUCAGGAUCAGAAACUCUGGCUACAACACGAGGCAUUGUCUCAGGGGCAUCUCCAGGAAACUGGGACAUUCAGAAAAGCGUUAUGGCAGAAACUUUCCUCGAUUGUUUCCCCGAUAUUGUCUGAAGUGAUAGCAUUCUGUGAUCGAAAUCACAACCUCAAUAUACCGCAUGAAGGAAAGGAUUGGAAAUCGCGAUUGUGGUUUUGGAUGCUUAGUGAAGUACAAAUUACGCCUUUAACUUACGAUUCGUUUAUUUCCCCUGAAUCACAAAGAAUAAGAGAAAGAGCCUUUGUUCAAAAUACAGGCUUUGGACAUCGUUUUAACGGGAAGUUUCCGUUUUCAUGGAUCAUUAAAGAUAUAGUCAGCGAUCUUUUAAUAAAAGUUGCAGGCGACCCUUCAAAGACACUGCUUCAAUUAAGAGGGAUCUUUUACCAAUCACCACUGGGAAAUUACCUGAAAGUUAUAUUUGAAGACAAAGAGAAUAAAAAGGAAGUAACAGAAAACUACCUUCAUGAUUUUCUUCACAUGAUGUACAAACCAAUAGAGAAUGGAGAAUUGCAGUUGAUAUACGAUGCCUCUUUCGAAGCUUCUGGGCAAAUACAUCAAUUGCUGCACGAAAAUGAAGAUUUUGACAUUGACAUUCCUUUUAUUCAUUUCACUUACUCCCUCAUUGAAGCUCGUUUGGCAAGAUUUUCUGAUCUGGUUCAUGCUUUUCCUGGUCUAGUGAAAGAACUACUAAGGCUAAGCGAUCGGUUGAAAGUUGGAGAAAUGAUACUGGAUACGGUAGCACUUGAGUAUUGCUUACAGAAGUUGGAACCAACACCCAAAGAUCUGGAAAGCAGUGGUAAUAGAUCAUGUUGGUGCAACCGUGUUCAGCGUGUUGGCCAAGUUGUGAAAGAUUUAAAAAGUCUGAAAUAUAGCUGGAAACAACAACAGAACAAAGAUGGCAACCAAGCUGGAUUUGUUACUCACCUGUUUGGGGAAAAAUCAAUUGUAAUUUUUGAAAAAUGCAGAAUGAUGUGGAUACGUUUAGAUGUUGUGCGCAUGUUUAUCGAACAUACAUGUCCACCUGGCCAGCGAACCUAUGAAGCUAAUGUUUUAGGAGAAAACCUCGACUUUUCUACCGUCCGUACUAUGACUGCAGUAGAGAGAUUCCUGAAGGAUUGCUGUGACAGAAUUAGCAAACGAUUCAG